AUGGUCUGGAAUGUAAGAGGUGCUGGAGGGAAACCUUUCUCCGUUACUGCUAAAGAUCUCGUCAGAUUGAACAAAGUGAACAUUUUUGCUAUCUUGGAACCCAGAAUCAGUGGUGAGAGGGCAAUUGAAGUCAUAAAAGGUUUGGGUUUUUCAAAUUAUUAUGUUGUUGAUGCCAAUGGUUUCUCUGGUGGUGUUUGGCUUUUAUGGAAUAAUGAGGUUGUGAAACUGACUGUUGUGGCUUGCUCCUCCCAAACAAUCACUGCUGUUGUAAUGGAUGGCCAGAUUCAGUGGAUGCUAACGGUGGUGUAUGCCUCUCCUUGCCCCCGGGUGAGGAGCCACUUAUGGCCUUAUCUUGAUGGUGUUUCUGCAGCUUCUAACAUGCCUUGGCUUAUUGCAGGUGAUUUCAAUGAAUUGAUGCAUAGUUCAGAGAAAAAAGGGGGUAGGCCUGUUAAUAAAAAUAGUGGUCUUGGUAAUUGGAGCGCUAGGAAUAGCUUGGUGGACCUUGGGUUCAUUGGUGCCAAAUUUACUUGGAGCAAGAAAAAUGAGCAUGGUGAAAUCGUCUGGGAAAGACUUGAUAGAGGCCUUUGCAACAUAGCUUGGAGACACCUCUUCUCUGAGGCAUAUGUUAGGCAUCUUGCCAAAGUGAAAUCUGAUCAUUGCCCCUUACUUAUUGGCCUCCAUUCCAAUCAUAUUCCUAACCCUGAUUUGAAAGCUUUCAGAUUCCAAGCUAUGUGGAUGCUUCACCCGGAAUUUGAACCUUUUGUUAAUGAUACUUGGAGUAGUGCUCAAGGUGAUGCUAGUUGCAAAACUAUCUUUCUCUCUUCUGAGCUGCAAAGUUGGAACCACAAUGUCUUUGGAUGUAUUUUUCAAAAGAAAAGAAGGCUUUUAGCUCGUAUAUGCGGAAUCCAAAAGGCUCUUUGCAUUUGUCAUGUGCCGUAUCUGUUUGACUUAGAAAAACAGCUCACCACUGAGUAUAGUACUAUCCUUGAGCAAGAAGAACUCUUUUGGCUUCAAAAAUCAAGAAAUACUUGGCUUAGGGAGGGAGACAAAAAUACCAAGUUCUUCCACCUCUCUGCGGUGGUGCGAAGAAGGAAAAAUAAACUUGAAGGCCUUAAUAAUUCUGAAGGAGUUUGGACAGAGGAUAAAGAGACUUUAAAGUCGAUUGUUGUCAACUAUUUCAAAGAUCUUUUCUCCUUUCGAAUAACGACGACAACUAUGGAGAAUCUGCCUCACCUUUUCCCUUGUCUUAUUGAUGAAGAUUUAUUCGUCCUAAAUGGGGAAGUAACAGAUGAUGAGAUUAAAGCUUGUAUGUUUGCUAUUGGUGGGCUCAAGGCCCCUGGACCAGAUGGUAUCCCUGCUAGAUUCUAUCAAAAAUUUUGGCAUCUUUGUGGCAAGGAUGUUUGUGAUAUGGUUAAGGUAUGUUUCAAUACAACUCAACUCCCUGAUAACAUUAAUAAUACCUUCAUCUCGUUGAUUCCUAAGGUUGAUAACCCUACAAGCAUGACACAGUUGAGGCCUAUUAGUCUGUGUUCUACGCUUUACAAGGUCAUCUCCAAAAUUUUGGUGGGUAAAUUGAGACCGCUUCUCCAUAAACUUGUUAGCCCUACCCAAGUGAGCUUCGUCCCGGGUAGGCAAAUUAUUGAUAAUGUCAUUGUUGCUCAAGAAAUCCUCCAUAAGUAUAGGAACACCAAAGGUAAAAAAGGGUUUAUUGCUUGGAAAAUUGACCUUUCCAAAGCUUAUGAUCGUCUUCAGUGGAGCUUUAUUAGAGAUGUUCUUUGGGAGAUUGGGCUAAGAGGGAAAAUGUUGGAACUCAUCAUGCAAUGCGUUACCACAGUCAAUUACCAAGCCAUUGUUAAUGGUGAGCUCACUGAUUCUUUCUCCCCACAAUGUGGAAUCAGACAGGGAGAUCCCCUUUCGCCCUAUUUAUUUGUGCUUUGCAUGGAAAAACUUUCUCAUAUCAUUAAUGGAUGCAUCACUACUAAGAAAUGGAAGCCAGUUAAGCUAUCUAGAUAUGGGCCUCCUGUCUCUCAUCUCUUUUUUGCGGAUGAUCUUAUUUUGUUUGCGGAAGCUUCCUCAACUCAAGCCAAAUUAUUGAAGGAUUGCCUUGAUAUUUUUUGUGCCGUGUCUGGUCAGCAGGUGAAUUUUGAUAAAUCAUGUAUCUACUGCUCUCCUAAUAUCUCUCGAAGUAAGGCUAUUGAAAUUGCCAACAUCUGUGGUUCCCCUCUCACUUCUGAUUUAGGUCAAUACUUGGGUGUUCCGUUACUGCACUCUAGAGUCAAUAAAGAGACGUAUGGAAACAUUGUGGAGAAAGUUCAACGUCGACUUUCUGCUUGGAAGAGCAAUACUCUCUCUAUGGCAGGUAGGCUUGUCUACCUACAAUCAGUUGCCUCAGCUAUUCCAAUCUACUCAAUGCAAUCUACUCGUCUCCCAAUUUCCAUAUGUGAUAAAAUUGAUAAGUUGAACAGGAAUUUCUUAUGGGGUCACACUGAGGAUAAGUCCAAGGUUCACCUAGUUAAGUGGGAGACAGUUUCCACACCUAAAUCUAUGGGUGGCUUAGGCUUGAAAGAUACCCAUGCUAUGAACCAAGCUCUCCUUGCUAAAACUGGUUGGAAACUUAUGCAAAGAGACCCGGGCCUCUGGGCACAAGUUCUGAAAGGAAAAUAUCUCAAACACCACGACAUGGUGGGUGCUUGCUCUGCUAAGUUCACUAAUUGUUCUCAUACUUGGCGUGGAAUCCUCUUUGGUGCCCAAAUCAUUCCUAAUGGUAUGAGAUGGAGAGUCGGAUCUGGAAGCCAAAUCCAUUUUUGGAAAGACAACUGGCUUGAGAGUGGCGUACUCGAAAAUUUUGCUACCAUCCCUCUUUCAGCUGACAUGCUUGAAUGGUCUGUUGAUGAUUUCCUUACUGAUGAUGGUUGGAAUGUAGAAUUGUUAUACUCCUGCCUUCCCCCUGAUAUUGUGGAACAUAUUUUCAGUUUACAUGUUGGGAUUGCGAAUCAUAGGGAAGAUAAGGUAAUUUGGAGCCUCACCAAUUCUGGAACCUUCUCCGUGAAAACUGCUUAUCUCUCUCUCUUUGGCGAUGAUGAUAUCAUUCCUUGGAAAUGGAACUUCAUUUGGAAACUCAAGCUCCCACCCAAAUUAGUGACUUUUCUUUGGACUAUUGGUCAUGGGAAAAUUCUCACCAAUGUGCAGAGAGCUAGAAGAGGGUUUACUAAUAACCCGUGUUGUCCAAUCUGCCCUAAUAUUGAGGAGUCAAUGGAUCAUAUUUUCAGGUCUUGUAAGCAGUCCCCUUUCUUUUGGAAUGGUGUUGGAAUCCCUCCUGAAGUUGCCCAUUCCUUUGCUCUUGAUUUUCAGAGUUGGAUGGCCAUAAACCUUAGGACACAAUGUUCUACCAUACAUGGUUUACCCUGGAACCUUAUCUUUGCUUCAACUCUUUGGUAUUGCUGGAAAGGGAGGAACAAUCUUGUCUUCAACGAUGGUCAACAACCGCCUGUCUCUCCCCAGAAGUUCAUUUUUCAAUUUGCAAGGGAUUGGUAUGAUGCCAACAAGUCUACUUCUAGUAAGCCUCCUAGACAAAUUAUCUCAAUCCAUUGGAUCCACCCGCCUAUUGGUAGAUAUAAAAUCAAUACAGAUGGGAGUUGUAAUGACCCAUUUAGGCACAUAAGUGCUGGAGGUUUGAUUCGCAAUUCUGAAGGGGAUUGGAUUAAGGGAUUUGCUGCUAAUUUGGGCAGAGGAACCAUCAUGGAAGCUGAGCUUUGGGGUGUUUUCAUGGGCCUUUCUAUAGCUUGGGAUGAGGGAUGCAGGGAUGUGAUCCUUGAAUGUGAUUCUUGGGAUGCUGUUACUUUGAUCCAAAAACCUAUUCUGGAUUCGCACCCUCUCUACAAUCUCAUUAUUGACUGCAAAGAAGCCAUCGGAAAAAAUUGGAGAUGUGAAGUCACUCAUAUAUAUAGAGAAAUGAAUGCCUCAGCUGAUCACAUGGCUGACUUGGGUCAUGGGCUAUCCCUAGGCCUCCAUGUUUUUGUUUCUCCUCCUACCUCUGCUAGUAAUGUUCUAGUUUCUGAUUCUAUCGGCAGGGCCCUUCCUAGGGCUGUUCUUGCCUGA